AUGUCACGCCUAUUCCAGCCAUUGAAAGUAGGGCCACUUGAGCUCGGCCAUCGUAUAGCCAUGGCGCCGCUGACUCGUUAUCGUAUGGACGAUGAGCAUCGGCCAACACUGCUCAGCAAAGGUACAGCAAAUGCCACUGCUACCAUCGUCUCCAGGAAUGCUAUUGGAUGUCGAAACGCACCGGGCAUCUGGUCCGAGGAGCAGAUCGAGGCUUGGAAGGAAAUCACUGCCACAGUGCACGCCAAGGGGUGUACAAUAUAUUGCCAGCUCUGGCACCAAGGUCGCACCGCCAAUGCCCAGGUUGUCCAGGAAGAAGGCCUGACCAUGGUGUCUGCGAGCGCCGUCCCAGUCUCGCCGCAGGACCAAGCACCCGUGGAAAUGACCGAGCAGACGAUCUGGACAACAAUACAAGAAUAUGCGACGGCAGCAAAGAAUGCCAUUGCGGCUGGUUUUGACGGCGUUGAGAUCCAUGGUGCGAAUGGCUACCUACCUGAUCAGUUCUUGCAGUCAACAUGCAACCAACGAACAGACGGGUGGGGAGGGAGCAUUGAGAAGCGGGCGCGGUUCCAUGUCGAGGUCACCAAGGCAGUAGCUGCUGCAGUGGGUGCUGAGCGAACUGCCAUGCGUCUCAGCCCGUACAGCGACUUCAACGGCAUGCUGAUGGACGAGCCGGAGCCGACAUUCAGUUAUGUGCUCGACGCGUUGAAACCGCUGGGGCUCGGCUACCUCCAUCUGAUUGAGGCGCGCAUCACUGGCAAUGAUGAUUCUGACUGCGGAGGACAAAAGACUGUGGGUUGGAUGAUUGAGCAGUGGAACAAUGCUACUCCAGUCAUGCUUGCAGGCGGCUUUCUGCCGGAUUCAGCCAGGCAGGCAGUGGACGAGACAUAUAAACCCUACGAUGUCAUUAUCGCCUUUGGACGGUAUUUUGUGGCCAACCCGGACCUCGUAUUCCGGGUCAAGGAAAGUGUGCCGCUGACCAAGUACGACCGCAGUGUGUUUUACACGCCCAAGACACCAGUAGGGUAUGUCGACUACCCACAUAGCCAGCAGUAUUUGCAGACCAUGGCCAAGGUGUAA